CGCUAGUGGUAGAAAGGCACUUCAGCAUGCGGGUACUGGCAGUAUAUUGUCAGCAGAGAGCAGCCUUCUAUCGGUGGGGGAAAACUGUGCUAGGAAAAUGAUACGUUCUCGUCGGAAUUACGCCACUCUACCGGUACAGUCAAUGUCUUGGGUCAGACCUGCCACAAACAAUGCGUUGAUGAUGAUUACAAAACAAUAUCCGAGUCCUUUCGCAGAUCAUUACCAGGAACAACGACAACACCAAUCGGUAUCCUUCGGCACAUCAACAACCGAGAAAUCUUCCGAAGAUUUUUCUAGGUUUUCUAUGGUCGAACUGAAACAGCUAGCCACAAAAUCGCUACGACAGUAUCAGCGAGAAAACGAAAGUUCUGUAUCGCCGUCACACCGGGCGGAAAGCAUCCUGCAACACAUUUUAGAAAGGUCAACGCAACCGCUGGAUGACGGAGAAGCAGAAGAUUUGUCUAAUAUUCAAACCUCGCUAAUUGAUACCUGGACAACGUAUCAGUCUUCGGUCAUUAGAGACAUCAAAGAAACCAUACGGCAGGGCGAGCUUGAAGCAGCCGAUGAUGAAAAAGGAUCACAAAUUCAAGAGCAAUUGGAAUACAAGCGUUUGAGAAUGGUUCGUUCUGCUGCAGAAUCCAUGACUAGUAUCUUGGAAAGCAUGGAAAAUCCUUCUCCCCACCACUACGUUGCCAUCCUGAAGGCAUGGGCCAAUACUUGCAAGAUCGCUCGUACGAUAGGAAAAUCGAAAGCCGCCGAUGUCGUUGGGAUCCCCCAGCGAGCUCAACUGAUAUUGAACGCCAUGGGAGGAUCAAACGAGAAUGAUGACAUGAUAUCCGUUGAGGCGUAUAACGAAGUCAUCAAGGCCUGGGCGUACAGCUCGGAAUACCUGCGGGGAUCAAUGGCCGAACAUGUCUUUAGGAGAAUAAAGUUUCCCACAGGAGAGAGCCUGCGAAUGAUAAUGCGGGCGCAUGCGUGGAGCAAAGAAUCUCGAUCCGCCUUUCAAGCUACAGGUCAUUUUAUGCGAAUGAUGCGCCUGUUGGAGGCAGGCCGAGCCGACAUGGAACCAUCUUCCAUCAACGAUUAUCAUAUCCUGUGUGAUGCUUGGACUGUUGCAGGAGACAGGAAUAGUGCCUCUAAGGUGUAUAGCGUCUUGCAAAUAAUGAACAACGCUUAUCAAAGGGGGCAUACCGAAAUUUGCCCUGAUUUACAGUGUUAUCGUGAUGCACUUAUUACGAUGUCCCGUCGACAAAAUGUAGACGAUGUUGGCGAAGUUGUUGAUAAAACCCUCAGAGAUAUGAGAGAACAGAUGAUUUUUCCAGACACGUUAUGCUAUCGCUCGGCAAUUUUGGCAUGGAAGCACAUUGCCAUGUCCCAAGAUUGUCUCCAUCCCGAGCAGGCUAUUCAGAGAACCCAAGAGCUAUUGCAGGAAAUGACCGAAGCUUAUCACCGCACCACGCAGAUUCUGAUCCAGCCAACCACGGAGGAUUACAAUAACGUAUUGCAUGCAAUGGCACUCUCGAAGAGUCAAAAGAUAGUUGAAGAUGCGCAAGAGUUAUUUGCGACAUUAAAAGAAGAUGCUUCUCUUACGGGAGGACCAGAUCCACAAUCAUACCGGUAUAUGCUGGGAAUCUGGCGCAACAGUCGUUCUCCCAACAAGGUGGCCCAUGCUUCGCAGCUUUUGCAAGAAGUCAAAGAUCACUAUAAAAAUAAUAAUACCUGGAGAGACUCAAACUUUUCAAAAAAAUCUACCAUGGAUGCUUUUUCAGCAUUUAUCCGGGUGUGCGGGACCUCCGCAAAUGCCUCAAGGAAAGCCACCAAAGCCACUCAACCGGAGCGUACAAGAAUAAUGACUGUGGCUCUUCGAAGCCUGAAAGAUGCAAAGGAGCUUGACCUGACGCCUAAUUCGGAUACCUAUAUGGCACUGGUGGAAGCAUGUGAUCAUUUGCUGCCAGUAAGUGGGCCAGAGCGCGAAARUGUUUUGGAGAACAUCUUCCGUCGAGCCUGUGAGGAGGGAGUUGUGAAUCAAAAUCUUCUAGAAUUCUUCAAAUCUGUCGCGUCUACACAUCUGUACGCUAGAGUAGUCGUGUCGGAGAGCAWAGUGGCAGAAGACAUCAAGAUAGUACCAGAGGCGUGGACGAAAAAUAUUGAAGGUUUUCGAGAGGGCAAGAAAGUCAUGCCGCUUAGUAUUCAUGGGAAUUUUACCUUCACAAAGGCGGCUGCCGAGUACAGAAUGCGGAAGCUACGGCGACGAACAAAUCAAAAAAUGCUGA